AUCGCAUCAUCUCCCAACCUAAAUACUCACUCUGUCGCCACUCCGGGACAAAAGAAAGGAACUCCGAAACCCAAUUUUUCAAAGGCGACGGAACCGGCUCCUGUGACCCCACUGUCGAACAAUUUAUCUCUCUGGUGGGACCCGUCGUCGACCCGGUUUGCCUGUAAAUCUGGGUGCCUUUUCUUCCCAGUCCUCCCCAUCUUCUCUCUCUUUUCACCUAUCUUUCAAUCAUCGGCUUUUCAACCUUUUCCUUGAAUUCCUCUACAAUCGCCUGGCAGCUGCAGAUUUGCGGCUGUUAGUAGGAACGCCAUGGCCCUAAGUUUUUUCAGUGGUGGGGGCAGUGCAAGCCAUGCAAAGUACUUCGAUAUCCGUCUAGACGAAGACUAUAUUGUUUUCCGGGGCGGAGAACAAGAAGCUGCCAGUGCGCAUUUGAGCGGGAAGCUUAUUCUUUGCUUAUCAGAACCCCUGUCGAUUAAGCAUAUUCGCCUUCACCUCACUGGCAUAUCUCGGAUUUGCUGGCAUCUGCCAUCCAGUUCUGCUGGUGGCGGUAGGAAAUCGUGGAGAGAGCGCGUGAUUUAUGAGAAGACAUGGAAAUUCAGAGACCCCGGCAAAAGCAAGACAGAAAUCUUGCCGGCGGGCAACUAUGAAUAUCCAUUCAAUCUCGUCCUAGAGGGCAACAUGCCAGAAAGCAUUGAAGGUCUCAGCGAUACCUACAUUACCUACAGAUUCAAGGCCGAAAUUGGACGUAAAUAUGCAAAGGAUAUCAUUGUCCGAAAGCCAUUGCGUAUCAUUCGGACUUUGGAACCUAGUGCUCUUGAACUGGCUCAUGCUAUGUCUGUGGAGAAUAUCUGGCCCAACAAGAUCGAGUACUCUAUCAGCACCCCAACUAAAGCCGUUAUUUUUGGAACCAGCAUCCGAGUUGACUUCAAGCUCAUUCCACUGCUGAAGGGCCUCAAAAUCGGACAGAUUGUUUCCCAACUGAUUGAGAGCCACGAUCUCACCCUAAACCCCGAAGAUCCUGAUACUAUUCGCAACACGUACAAGAACACGAGGACUAUUCUGAAUGACGAGCAUGAGUUGGACCACGAUGAUGGUCUGGAAAUCAUUGACGAAGUGGCAGAAGGCUACCAGUUCUCGCGUUUUUUGGAUCUUCCUAAAACGUUGACCCGGUGCCUACAGGAUACGGAUACGAAGGGUAUUAAGAUCAGGCAUAAGCUUAAGUUCCGCGUUCAAUUGCUAAAUCCUGAUGGUCACAUUAGCGAGCUGCGAGCUACGCUUCCUGUGUCUAUCUUCAUUUCUCCCAACCUUGCGAUUGACGAGAACAAUAAUCUAGUCGACCAGACUCCGCAGUCUGCUCAACGGGCAAUCAACAGUAUCGCUCAACAGGCACCUCCGUUGUACGGAGAGCACCAGUUUGACCAAUUGUAUAGCGAGCUUGAUCCUUCUGGUUACCGAACUCCCGGAGCUGGAAGUGGCCCAGGCACACCAUUUGGCACUCUUAGCCGCAAUCUCUCCACCGAAAACCUAGCUUCUAUGAAUGCCUUGACGAACACUGAUAUCUCUGCGUCUGCCCUGCAUAGCCGUCUCUCUAAUCUCUCAGACCUUAAUACCUUGCGACCCCACCAACCAUCACCCACCGAUCAUGAAAAUUCAGCCGAUAACGAAAGUCGACGCUUAGGAGUUCCUCCAGACUAUUUUGGGCCAUCGUCGGGCUCCGGUUCCCAUACACCUUCGAGCCCAGUGCUUUCGCGAAGACCUUCUGAUGAAGUGGAUCAUGAGCACGUUCCAUCUGGAAUGGCCACACCGUUCCACCCUCAGUAUGCAGAGGUUGAGACCUUGAGUCGUGUUCCGAGUUAUUCGACUGCAGUUCGUACAACUGUUCGCCCCCAUGAUUUCGAGUUACCUGAUUAUGAUGCCGUUGUCGCGGAGGACAUUCCCGUUCUCUCACCCCCCCAAUCCCCCCAGCAAGCCUAUAUUCGAACUGCUGGGCGUGGGUCCAGUCAAUUCUUUUCUUCCCUGGACAUACUUCAUCAUCGGCCAGCCCUUGCCCACGCUCGUUCCUCCAGCCACGAUGACGAUGACCGAAGACUGCGACUCGUCCAGGCCAGGGCCAGGGUUUAGGCUCAGGAAGGAGGACGGUUUAUCUGCAUAACAGAUGGAGAGCUUUCAGUUCUCGGCAUUCAUCAUGAUUACGGUCCUGUCGGCGCUGGACGCUGAGAGGCGCUAGGCGCGCUACAUUUCAGAGACUCUCCUAAUUUUACGAUAGAAAGCAUGUACCUUAUUUCUUUUGUAUCUAUAUUAGACCGGGGAUUGGGUGCUCCUGGGUGCUUUUUCUUUCUUUAUUAUAUACAACUUAUAGACGUGGGAAGGAACGGUUUUGCACAUCGGCGUUUACUAGAGAGAUUGGAUUGGGUUUAUACAGCAUGGGACGGCUCAGGCCGAUGAUACGCAUGAGUUACGGCGACUUUUUCUUUCAAGACUUCAAGAUACCUCUUUUAUUUCCCUAUCUGUACCUGUAGCAUAGCAUUAACGCUGCGGCAAUGAUAUCUACCUAUCUCUCAAGCUGACUAUAAUCGAAAUCCAAAAGAUUCCCUCUGCAUUUUAUGGGUCCAUUAUCGAAUCCCUGGUCAUGCCAUGCUAUGUGUGUACUUCAGAUGAUUGUGAGUGGGGUACAUACCAAGGUUGAUGCAAACGUCCAAUAGUUUCUUCAGCUUUCGCCACCGAACUGUGGCUGAGCACACCCGCCCUUAACUGCUUUCGGAUAGAGACCGAUCGAGCCAUCGGCGUCGUUCGAAUCUCGAUCUGGUUCAUUCAUUCUAGAUGCUGAUUAGAGAG